AUGUUGCCUCCUCAGAUUACCUCCACCUUCCACGUUCACAGUGGGCAAAGCCAUCUCAAGUGGUCCAAGGCCAUCGCUCCCGUAUUAACCGUCGACUCAAAUGAUGUUGUAACCUUCGACACCAUCGAUGGAAGCAACGAACAAAUUACGCCAAGCUCGACCGUGGAGGAUAUUCUAAAGUUCAAGGCCGAACUGGCAGACCCCCUCUUUGGACCCGUGUAUGUGCGUGGUGCCGAGCCAGGAGACACUCUUGAAAUUGAGGUUCUGGAGCUGAAAACUGCAGAUUGGGGCUGGACAGCAAUUAUACCUGGUUUUGGGCUCCUCACGGAUGAUUUCCCGGAGCCGCAGUUGAAGAUCUGGAAGCUUGAUCCCAAUGAUUCCUCUGCGACAUUUAAGGAAGGCAUUCGCAUUCCUACUCAUCCCUUUCUUGGUGUCAUGGGGGUAGCUCCGGGCGAGGGAGAAUUUCCCACUAUUCCACCGCUCGAUACAGGAGGCAAUAUCGAUACCCGCCACAUUAUAGCUGGAACGAAGCUCUUCCUGCCCGUGAAGGCACCUGGUGCAUUAUUCAGUUGUGGUGAUGGCCAUGCAGCUCAGGGCGACGGAGAAGUCUGUGGAACUGCUAUUGAGACUCCCAUGCAGGUGAAGUUGCGACUCACAGUUAGGAAGGACAUGAAAUGGGUCAGCUCUCCCAACUAUUCUUCUCUCUCAUCUACUCUCACGUUAGCUGAAGACCGAGGAUAUUAUGCUGUUCUUGGCAUUGAUACAGAUCUUAUGGAAGCUGCUCGCAAGGCCGUUCGCGGUAUUAUCGAAUACAUGAUGCAAACAAAGAGUUUAAGCCGUGUGGAAGCAUAUAUGCUUGCUAGCAUUUCCAUCAGCCUCAGAGUUUCAGAAGUAGUCAACGUGCCUAAUUACGCUAUUUCAGCUAGCAUACCACUGAAUAUUUUCACACAUGCUUCUUAA